AGAACACCGGUCGCACUUGGCGUCAAGGAUUUCGCCUUAAUGCCACUUGGAGAUGGCGGCUGAUUCUGAUUCAGGACAGAACAGCAUUCGGUGCCAGUCCUAUCUAAUGUCGACGGCGAAGGGAACUGUAUGCGUGACCGGCGCCGGAGGUUUCUUGGGCUCCUGGGUUGUUCAUCUCCUCCUCUCCAAGAACUAUCUAGUCCGAGGCACCGUCAGAGAUCCCUUGGAUGAGAAAUAUGCCCACUUGAAUCAGCUCCCGAACGCAUCCUCGAAUCUGAAGCUCGUGAAGGCCGAUUUACUCGAUUACCCAUCCCUGUUCUCUGCAAUUCAAGGCUGCUCGGGAGUUUUCCAUGUCGCCAGCCCUCUUCCCUCUUCCCCUGUGGCAAACCCUCAGGUUGACUUAAUCGAGCCAGCGGUGACAGGAACCCUAAAUGUUCUGAAAGCAUGCCUUGAAGCGAAAGUCGAGCGAGUUGUGGUUGUGUCCUCUGGUGCUGCUCUUAUGAUGAACCCUUCCUGGCCUGAUACUCGGGCCAUGGAUGAGUCUUGCUGGUCCGACGUUGAACAUUGCAGAGCUAUUGAGAAUUGGUACUGUGCCUCCAAGACAGAAGCUGAGAGCAAGGCAUUUGAGUUUGGGAAAGCCAAUGGACUUGAUGUAGUAAGUGCUUGUCCCAAUCUCAUCUUCGGGCCAAUCCUUCAGCCUACGGCGAAUGCAAGCUCCUUGCUUCUCGCCAAGCUUUUGAAAGAAGGACAUGACUUGGAGGAUAAUAGGCACCACCGGAUUGUGGAUGUGCGGGAUGUAGCUGAAGCAUUGGUUCUGGUGUACGAAAAGCCUGAGGCACAAGGGAGAUACAUCUGCACUUCGCAUUCAGUCCAUGUUAAGGAUAUUGUUGAUAUUUUGAAGGACGAGUAUCCCAGCUACAACUAUCCUAAGAACUUUACAGAUGGACAGCAGAAGAAAGAAAUGAGUUCAGAGAAGUUGCAGAGGCUCGGCUGGAGCUACCGUUCACUGCAAGAAACCCUGGUGGACUCUGUGGAGAGUUAUAAGAAGGCUGGUUUAUUGGACUAGAACUGAACUCUUUCCUGUGCUUGGUAAACCCAAGUUUCUGGUGUGGAUGAGGACAUCACAAGUUCACAUCGAAGAGUUUGAUCUUUUUUUUUUUUUUUUUUUUUUUUUUUUGCAGAGAGUUGUUUUAAUUGUGUACACCACGAGAAUGGGUUG